AUGUCCUCCCCGAUGGAAGAAGACUCGGAUCUGGUCUCCUCUCCAGUGAAAUCAGAACAUGAUGCAGCGCCUAGGACACCCGCCAACAAAAACCAAAACUACGACUCGGAAGAGAUCCGCGAGGCGGCAUUACGGCGCGAGCUUGAAGGCGUGCGCAAUAUAAACGAGGUGAUUGAAGGCGUGAUCAGUACUUUAAACAAGGCCAAGGGCAACAUGAAUGGAAACCCCGCUCAGACGGUCUCGCGAACCGUUGAUAACGCCUCGGCCCUUCUCAACACUUGGACCCGCAUCCUAUCGCAGACCGAGCACAACCAAAGGCUCAUCCUUAACCCCGACUGGAAAGGCGCUACUGAUGACCUGCAAGCCAUUGAGGCGGAGGCGCUCCAACGGCAGAUGGCUGCCCAGCGCAAGGCUGCCGAAGAUGAGCGAAGGCGAGAAGAGACCCGGCGACGUGCCGAAGAAGCUGAGCACCAGAAAGAAACCGCGACGGCGUCAAGUACUUCAAGGGGAGGUCUGAGGGGGACAAGAGGAAGGGUCUCCCGGGGGAUUGGCCGCGGAGGAGUUGCAGGUAGCAGUAGUUCAGGCACUUCCAGCGUAUACAGCUCCAGAGGUACCUCCGGCAUAGGCAGGGGAAUCGGUGGUACGAGAGGUACAGGCAUUCGCGGAAGCACAACGAGGGGACGGGGCGUGCGAUGA